AAUUUUGUUUUGCUUUUUGAAGCGUCACCCGACCAGUUUGUUUUGUACGAGUACAUUUCGGUUGUACCGCAGAAUUUGUUACACAUUCUGAGCAUAAUUUACGUAAUGACCAUGUAUCGCUCGAGUUUUUUCUGUCGAUCUUUUGUACGAUUUUCGAGCCAACGUGGACUGGCGCCAGGAGAGCAGCGGCUCACUGUGGUUCGUCGAUAUGCAGGUUCAUCCGGAAAUCAUGCUUCUAAUGGAACGCUUCGAUUAGCACUGAAGGGAGCUGCUGUGGGCGCUCUGCUAGGCACUGGCUGGUCUGGCUAUAACUAUUUUGUUGGUAAGCCCGCUGAUCAUAUGAUACACGAGAAAAUAGGCCCAACCUAUCUAGAUAAGAUGCCGGACGUCAAAAUAACCAGAAGAGUGAAAAAUCCGAAGGAUGAUUCUGGACUGGAACUAGUGUUGUUUCAGUUUCAGACAUGCCCGUUCUGCUGCAAGGUCCGAUCUUUUUUAGAUUACAGUGGCCUUUCCUAUUCAGUGGUAGAAGUAGAUGCCGUACUCAGACAAGGCAUUAAGUGGUCCGAUACAAAAAAGGUGCCAACUAUGCUCGUUAAAACUAAAACUGGCAAUUACGUUCAGCUAACCGAUUCCAGCAUGAUUGUGUCGGUAUUGUCAAGUUAUUUAAAUGACAAGAGCCAAGAUGUUGGCGAACUGGCUAAAUUUUAUCCCUCUAUUACAUACAUAAAUGACGCGGGACGGAAAACUAAUGACAUCAUGAACAAGUACUUCCUUAUGUUACAAGACGCAAAACGCCAUUCGACCAACGACCCGCAAGAAGAAGAACGAAAGUGGCGCUCGUGGGCUGAUGAUCAUUUGGUACAUCUUAUUUCUCCCAACGUGUAUCGAAACAAGGAGGAGGCAUUGGAAACAUUUGAAUGGUUUUCGGACGUCGGCGAAUGGGACGUACACUUUCCAAAGUGGGAACGGAACCUGAUGGUGUACGUCGGUGCACUGGCCAUGUGGGCUAUUAGCAAACGACUGAAGAAACGCCAUCAACUUACAGACGACGUGCGAUCGCAUAUUUAUGACGCUUGUGAUAGGUGGAUCGCAGCGGUGGAGCAAAAGAAGUCACCGUUUCUGGGUGGCAAGUCACCUAAUUUAGCGGAUCUUGCAGUGUUCGGCAUACUUAAUAGCAUGGAAGGAUGUCAGGCAUUCAAGGAUUGCCUAGAGAAUACAAACAUUGGCGGAUGGUUCUAUGCGGUACGGAAAGAAGUGAUGAGCAAUCGAGGUCAAGUAGUGUGAGCGAUGUUCUAUUUUGCUGUAAUUUGUUAAUAUAUUUUAAACCUAAA